UUUCACGGGGUACACUGGUAUCUUUUGUCUUUCUCUGCAGCGAAAGCUUCACGCUAGAAGGACUCUCUCCAUGUUCUUUCCCAUGAAGGUGCAGCAGGACUCGUUCGAGGAGCGUCCAGAGAGUACAGAGCCAGAACCCCCAGAGCCUGUGUAUGAGGAAGUAGGAGACUUUGGCCUGCAGGUCCUCAAGUCCCUGGAGACCAGCUUCCUCUCCAACAACACCUCAGAGACACAGGAGGUCCCUGACAAGCCCCUGAGCCUCAUCCUGGGCCCUCGGAAGACAGGCUCCCUGGACCGCAUGAUCGGCCCCAACCCGGUUCACUCUCUGGGGCUGGGAGGAGAGGGUCUGCUGCCCCCUGCUGGUUCUCUGGAUACCCUGGUCCUGGGUGGAGGAGGGGACCUCCAGGAGUCUCCCCAGCCAGCGCCGAGGAGGAGGCAGCAGCACAGGCCCUGUACCCCCUCUCAGGAGCUGCUCCURCAGGAACUGUCCUCCGUCUUCACCAAGAAGACAGAGAAUGAGUAGAAACUGCCGGGAGAGAAGAACGUCAUCUGAGGAGAAGAAGAGAUGCGUGCACUUGUAUUGUAGACCCAGGCCAGACAGACGGAAGACUGUAACAGCAUGGGAGUACGGACACAACCCAUUUGUUUGGGUGGUGUGUCAAAAAUACAUAAUCAGAUAGGAAUAAGCAUUUACUUGUGUUUUAUCCUACAAACGACUAACUGUUCUUCAAUCACUGGUAUGUACAGAUCCGUUUUAUAUUGAACGAUGCUUAUUGGAUUAUAACAUCCUUGCUAAUUGCUUAAGCUAUGAACUAUGGGGGAUACCUUUUUUUGUAGUUUUUUUCAUAGUUUACUAAACCUCUUGAGUGAGAAGAGAAAUGGAUGCUUCUCUCAUGUCUGGUGGUGAUGCAUUAGGCAUUAAACUGUUUUUGUUUUGUUUUAAACAACUGGAUUUUUAAUAGAAAUGUGUUACUGUCUCUAUGUAUUAAUUUAUUUUCAAGAAUAUUUUAUCAACUUUGUUGUUUUUUAAUUUUUAUAAAAGCUGUGAAAGUAACAAAAGCAGAGUUUUACUUCAAGACAGCCCCAGAUAUACCAGAGUGUUGCGACACUGUCUGGCCAGAAGGUGGCAGUAUGGACAAACUAUCUUCUAACUAGACAGCCCCAGAUAUUCCAGAGUGUUGCGACACUGUCUGGCCAGAAGGUGGCAGUAUGGACAAACUAUCUUCUAACUAGACAGCCCCAGAUAUUCUAGAGUGUUGCGACACUGUCUGGCCAGAAGGUGGCAGUAUGGACAAACUAUCUUCUAACUAGACAGCCCCAGAUAUUCCAGAGUGUUGAUACACUAUCUGGCCAGAAGGUGGCAGUAUGCCACACCGUCUUUUAGAUAGUACAAAUGGAAUCUUAGUUUUAUUCACCAUGCACAACCACUGUAUGAUGUGAAUACAGCCAAAUAUAAUGAUUGUUAGUGGCACUACAUUUAAAUAUUCUGAAUUGAUGUUUGCACUACUAAGUCUAUUGCUUUUACAUUAAUAUGCCAUAUUCGAGAUAUCCUCCCUUUUUCAUCAAUCUAAAUAGACAAUAAGAUAUUCCAAUUUGACUGCCUUUGCCAAGUGUCUAUAGUGUGUUAUAAUGCAUUUGCCUGCAUUGUCGUCCAUUCGUUUUAUUCUUACUGUAAAUAUUGUACAUUAUUCUGUGUGCUUAUACCCUUUCAAUAUUCAUUAUGCAGUAUUUCACUUUGUUGUCGCUACAUGAAGGUCUAUAUUAAAUAUGAUAUUUUUAGUUUUA